UGCUAUAACUCUCUUCAUUUUCUUAGUAUGUUGUCAGCUGCUGUUUCUACUCCCUUCUAACCAAAGGAGGCAAAAAAGAUAAGGCUGUCCGUGCAGAUUGCUGUUCUCCAGGUUUGGAAUGUUGUGGGAAUUGUGAGGAAUCUCUUGCCUUCCAUUGUGAUGGUUGGAGCCGCCUUGGUGCUGAGUCUCUACUUCUCAGUUGUCUAUGGUUUUCUCGUGCCCGUGACCACUAGUGCUUCAAGUUUACGAUUCUUUUCUUCUUUGGCUGUUUUACAGAUUUUUUUUUCCCUUUUUAUUUUUCCUUAGCUUUUUUCAGUUGUAUUAGCUUUUACUAUUUUACACAUUUUAAAAAAUCGUGUUUUCUUAUGCACUGGGGAGGAUAUUGUGUAACUGAAUUGCAGCUCACCACCUUAGCCCAGAAGUAUUUUGCUUGGCUUUCCAUUCCCACUGCCUUUGGACAUCCCUACUGAUACCACUAUUUGGAAUCAUGUCAUCAGAUUCUGCAGAUCCUUUCUACUGGAUGAGAGUUAUUCUUGCAUCCAACAGAGGAACUUUAAUGGAAUUGGGUAUCUCCCCGAUUGUAACAUCUGGUUUGAUUAUGCAGCUGCUGGCUGGAGCCAAAAUCAUUGAAGUUGGAGACACACCCAAAGACAGAGCUCUGUUCAAUGGAGCCCAGAAACUAUUUGGUAUGAUCAUUACCAUUGGGCAAGCCAUUGUGUAUGUCAUGACGGGCAUGUAUGGGGACCCUGCUGAAAUGGGUGCUGGCAUCUGUCUCCUUAUCAUUAUUCAGUUGUUUGUUGCUGGUUUGAUUGUGCUGCUGUUAGAUGAGCUGCUACAGAAGGGUUACGGCUUGGGGUCUGGUAUUUCCCUCUUUAUUGCCACCAACAUCUGUGAAACCAUUGUCUGGAAGGCCUUUAGUCCCACUACUAUUAACACUGGCAGAGGUACGGAGUUUGAGGGUGCAGUCAUAGCUCUCUUUCAUUUACUGGCCACCAGGACAGACAAAGUCCGAGCUCUAAGGGAGGCUUUCUACCGGCAGAACUUACCCAACCUCAUGAACCUCAUUGCUACAGUUUUUGUAUUUGCCGUUGUCAUAUAUUUUCAGGGAUUUCGUGUUGACUUGCCCAUCAAGUCGGCCCGGUAUCGAGGACAGUACAGUAGCUAUCCCAUCAAGCUCUUCUACACCUCGAACAUUCCCAUUAUUCUCCAGUCGGCCUUAGUGUCAAACCUGUAUGUUAUUUCCCAGAUGCUGUCUGUUCGAUUUAGUGGCAACUUUUUGGUAAAUUUACUAGGACAGUGGGCUGAUGUCAGUGGGGGAGGACCUGCUCGUUCUUACCCAGUGGGAGGCCUUUGUUACUAUCUUUCUCCUCCCGAGUCCAUGGGCGCCAUAUUUGAGGAUCCUGUCCAUGUGGUUGUUUACAUCAUCUUCAUGUUGGGAUCAUGUGCAUUCUUUUCUAAGACGUGGAUAGAGGUGUCUGGUUCCUCAGCCAAAGAUGUUGCUAAACAGCUUAAAGAACAGCAAAUGGUUAUGAGGGGCCACAGAGAUACCUCUAUGGUUCAUGAGCUCAAUAGGUACAUCCCCACAGCAGCUGCGUUUGGGGGCUUGUGCAUCGGAGCCCUGUCGGUGUUGGCCGACUUCCUUGGGGCCAUCGGCUCUGGCACUGGGAUUCUGCUCGCAGUCACUAUUAUUUAUCAGUAUUUUGAAAUUUUUGUCAAGGAGCAGGCUGAAGUUGGCGGGAUGGGUGCUUUGUUUUUCUGAGUGUUCCAGUAUUUCUUGUGUGUGUGAAAGGGAAAAUAAUCUUGACACGUUGUUUCUGUCAAAUGCUGGUUCCCCUUUUCUUCCCUCACACUUUGUUUUCAAGUGCUGACUGUCCCAUUUGUGAAAUGGGCACUGAGCUAAGCCUGUGUGCAGCGUUAGUACCAGCUGCCUUAAAACUAAAGUUUACAUUAUUCGUUAAAAAAUGUACUCGUAGUGUUGCCCGUGAUGCUGGAAACCAAUGUGCCCGCCUUGCCAUGUUCAGUUGUGACGGUGAGAUGGUGACGUGGAUCAGUUUUGCACACAUUCAAAACACUCGAUAUUUCCCCCACUUGUUUAAAAAUAAAUGUAGUUCAAAUUGCCACUUUCCAGUAUUUUUGAGCUUAUUUAAUGAGUUCUGGAACAUUUAUAUCUAAUCUGUAUUUUAGAUAUAAUUAACUUUUUAUACUUUUUUAACUCAUAGUAUCCACGUUCCCACCCUCCCUCUCCGUCCACCGCCCCUUCUUGUCCCCUCUCAAAGCUGCCACUCAGCCGACUGGCAGAAUCAGGCUUCGGUUACAGCUGUUCCUAGAAACAACCGCUCGUGAGGACUCUUGCUGAUUUUCAUUCCUUCCUUCCCAGUGACAGCAGUCAGUGCUGUUUGACUGUAUUGGCUAUGCCUUCGAAUUCCAACCCAUCACUUGAGAAUAUGCUUUCAAGAUACAAUGCCCCAUUUUUUUUUAAAACCCCUAAAGCAAAGAUCUAAUUCUCAAGCAAUGUCUGUAGUUCAGUGGGGGUGAACAUUAUGAGUAAUUCAUGCUAGGAAUUUGUGUAUGUUGUUGUACUUUACAGCAGCAACAUGAGUGUAAACAGUAGAAAAUAAACCUUUAUUUAAUAAAACUGUUUCAGUUGUGUUGGAAAAAUAAAAUCAGAUAUUAAACGA